AUGUCGUUACCGGAACUCGAAAAGUUCUCCCAAGCGAAGCAACCGAGGAAGUUCACCAUGAUCCCAGACCCCUCCACUGACUCUUUGUACUUGGAUUCCAAUGUUGCGCUCGAACAACGGAGGCAGGCCAAGGAGGAGAUGGGGAUGAAGUUGCCAGGAUCCGAAGAUUUCGCUCAAUCCAAGCAAGCACAAUUCACCAUGAUCCCAGACCCCUCCACCGACUCUUUGUACUUGGAUUCCAAUGUUGCGCUCGAACAACGGAGGCAGGCCAAGGAGGAGAUGGGGAUGAAGUUGCCAGGAUCCGAAGAUUUCGCUCAAUCUAAGCAAGCACAAUUCACCAUGAUUCCAAAUACCUCUAGCGACUCAUUAUACUUGGAUUGCAAUGUUGCGCGCGGACAACGGAGACAGUCCGAAGCCGAGAUGAAGGCGAAUGACGCUGCUUUCCAGCAAGCCGAAGGGCAGGAACGGGAAGGUAUACUCGCGGGCAUGAGACACCAAUUGGACACCAUGGUUCCAGGCGGCUCGAUCUCGGAGUUUGGGAGUUCCAUUGGCUCCGCCGCCCAAGAGAGGAUCGCGGCCGCGAAGGAAACUAUAAUGGAGAGUGCAUUACCUGCUGCGCAGGGAGCGUUACGUACCAUUCGGGGUCACAUUCGAUCCAUUUCAGGUGGAUCCAACGAAGUUGAGGAGACGGUACCUGACGAACUCUCCCAGGAGGAGCGCGAAUGCAUUGAUAAUUUGAGCAACGAACAAAUUUGCGACUUCCUACGAGAGAGGCAUAUGAGCAAUAAGCACCCACUUCCAGCAAAGUAA